AUGCGAUUCACCACGCUCUUUUCUCUGCUACUACUCUUCUUCCCCCUUGCUACCGCCGGAUUCAGCGCCGUCUGCAUAAGAGUCGUCACAGCGCUGGCCGCACGCCCCAACGAUCUGUUCAACAAGUUCCAGCGCGAAGUCUGCGCUCGAGGAUGCCAGCCAACAGUGCCUCACUGGGACCUCUGGACCCGCAAUAACACCUUUGUCCCCGCCGUUCGCAGCAUGAUGAAGACCCUUAAUGCCCCGAAGCAGGAGGAAGCGAUGUUGAAACUCGGUGACGAUGCGGCCGACAUCAUCAAGCGACAAUGCGGGCCAAAACUUCAAGGACGAGAUAUCUGCGCCGAUGCCGAGGUCCUGGCGGCGUUUGGAAAUUGCUUCAAGAGAAAUUUCCUCAGAUCAGCAAUUGCCAACCUGCCCGUGCUGCUGCCGAUGGCCUCGGAGCCGGUGUGUCGCAAGCAGCUGGAGUAUCUAGAGUCGGACGAGCUCUGGGAGGAGAUUAUACCAAACAACAUGAGGGAUUACGCAAAGGUGUGCAAGCAGUUGACAUACGAGCCGGUGAUGGAGCAGAUGUAUACAUUUUGA